AUGGGACUUCGUCGGAACGAGGUCAACAUCGGUCAGUUAUGCCGGGAAAGACUAGGCUGGGAGAAUGUCUGCCUUCUUGGGUGCGGAACACAUACCGGUACCGUUGCAGCUGCUCAUGAGUGGGAUGAGGACAUGGAGGUGAUGGAUGUGAAUCCUUCUAUGGCUGAAAGCUGGGAAAUGGUAGCCCAUGAGACCGGCGUCCCGAGUUUCCUGAUUGACCUUCGUCACGAUAGCAUUGAUCUCUCUCUACGAGCGGCAAUGGCAGCUGAAGAGAAACUUGAAAGGUUCAUCGGUGUGAUAUAUCGGCCCGAUACUGAGCGAGGGUCCCAUUAUUCUCACGCCUUUCUUCAUAAGCAGUUUGACGGAUAUAUCUGGUUUGAUCGCACUGAAGCCGUGAAGCCUCUGGAGACCAUCCAGCCGAAGACAGCUCUUGGGAAAGAAGAAACAUAUCCCUUUAGUUUAUGA